CCCAGGGCAAUCUUACCUCCGCAAGGGUCUCCUGCCACCAAGGUCAUUAACCCUGGACAGGCUGGGUUCCUGCUCAGCCAGCACUGAGGGCCUUGCACUUGGAGAAGUUUGCGUCCCAGGGCCAGAGGAGAGCGUGAGCCUGAGGUCACCAGAGCCCUCUAAAGGGACAGUUAGAUAAGGGGUCCUGAAGCGGAUCACAUGGAGGUUUCCUGAGGUAGAGGCUUUGGGGUGGAAACCCUGACUUGUCGCUGUCCGCUUGGGCAGGUCGAAGGCUGGUUGGUUUGGAACAAAUCCUAUUUUGGGGUAGGAAAGAUUGAAAAAGCGUCUCCGCUGGCCACAGGCAGUCCUACUCAGUAGGCUGGAGCUGCAGCCAGUGGAAGCCAAGGAGAUGGGGGGAGAGCUUUGUGGUGUCACCCCACCUCUGCUCUUCCCUCACUUCCUGUGGUGACAAAAGCAAGGUCCCGUGGAGCCUUUACGUGCUGGCAGUGUGCUUCCUGUACCCAGCAGCAGCCCGCCCUGGGGAGGGCCUAGCACAGCUUCGGUGAUAAGGCUGCCAUCGGCUGACCUCUGAAGGAGGCAACUGAGCAGCACAAGGCACCCCAGCCAGGGGUGACAGGCGCUCCACCGCCAGCCACCUGCAGCCGCAAUCCCUUGCAGUCCAGCAGAAGCAGCCACAGCCAUGGCGGGGAUGAAGACAGCCUCUGGGGACUAUAUCGACUCGUCCUGGGAGCUGCGGGUGUUUGUGGGCGAGGAGGACCCGGAGGCCCAAUCUGUCACCCUCCGAGUCACGGGGGAGUCGCACAUUGGUGGGGUGCUUCUGAAGAUCGUGGAGGAGAUCAAUCGCAAGCAGGACUGGUCUGACCAUGCCAUUUGGUGGGAGCAGAAGAGACAGUGGCUGCUACAGACACACUGGACACUGGACAAGUAUGGGAUCCUGGCAGAUGCCCGCCUCUUCUUUGGGCCACAGCACCGACCCGUCAUCCUGCGACUACCCAACCGUCGAGUGCUGCGUCUGCGUGCCAGCUUCUCCAAGCCCCUCUUCCAGGCUGUGGCUGCCAUCUGCCGCCUGCUCAGUAUCAGGCACCCUGAGGAGCUGUCUCUGCUUCGAGCUCCAGAAAAGAAGGAGAAGAAGAAGAAGGAGAAGGAGCCUGAGGAAGAGGUGCAUGACCUGACCAAGGUUGUCCUAGCUGGGGGUGUGGCACCCACCUUAUUCCGAGGCAUGCCAGCACACUUCUCGGACAGUCCCCAGACUGAGGCUUGUUACCACAUGCUGAGCCGGCCACAGCCGCCACCUGAUCCUCUCCUGCUCCAGCGCCUGCCGAGGCCCAGCUCCCUGUCUGACAAGACUCAGCUCCACAGCAGGUGGCUGGACUCAUCACGGUGCCUCAUGCAGCAAGGUAUCAAGGCCGGGGAUGUGCUUUGGCUGAGAUUUAAGUACUACAGCUUCUUCGACCUGGAUCCCAAGACAGACCCAGUACGGCUGACCCAGCUGUAUGAGCAAGCCCGCUGGGACUUGCUGACAGAGGAAAUCGACUGCACCGAGGAGGAGAUGAUGGUGUUCGCCGCCUUGCAGUAUCACAUCAACAAAUUGUCCCUGAGUGGGGAUGUGGGUGAGCCAGCCUCUGGGGACCUGGGAUUGGAUGACCUGGAUGCAGCCCUGAACAACCUCGAGGUGAAGCUGAAGGGGUCGGCACCCUCAGACAUGCUGGAUAGUCUCACCACCAUCCCAGAGCUCAAGGACCACCUCCGAAUCUUCAGGCCCCGGAAGUUGACCCUGAAGGGCUACCGCCAGCACUGGGUGGUAUUCAAGGACACCACCCUGUCCUACUAUAAGAGCCAGGAUGAAGCACCAGGGGACCCUAUCCAGCAGCUGAACCUCAAGGGCUGCGAGGUGGUCCCUGAUGUCAAUGUCUCUGGCCAGAAGUUCUGCAUCAAACUCCUGGUGCCCUCACCAGAGGGCAUGAGUGAGAUCUACCUGCGCUGCCAGGAUGACCAGCAGUACGCACAGUGGAUGGCUGCCUGCCGCCUGGCCUCCAAGGGCCGCACCAUGGCCGACAGUAGCUAUGCCAGUGAGGUGCAGGCCAUUCUGGCCUUCCUCAGCCUGCAGCGGGCAGGUGGUGGCAGCGGCGGCGGCUCAGGGAACCACAUCCAGGGCCCUGAAGCCUCUGCCGAGGGCCUUAACCCCUACGGCCUCGUGGCUCCCCGUUUCCAGCGAAAGUUCAAGGCCAAGCAGCUCACCCCCCGGAUCCUGGAAGCUCACCAGAAUGUGGCCCAGCUCUCGCUGAUCGAGGCCCAGCUGCGUUUCAUCCAGGCCUGGCAGUCCUUGCCUGACUUUGGCAUCUCCUACAUGAUGGUCAGGUUCAAGGGCAGCAGGAAAGAUGAGAUCCUGGGCAUUGCCAACAACCGACUGAUCCGCAUUGACCUGGCCGUGGGCGAUGUGGUCAAGACCUGGCGCUUCAGCAACAUGCGUCAGUGGAAUGUCAACUGGGACAUACGACAGGUGGCCAUUGAAUUUGAUGAGCACAUCAACGUGGCCUUCAGCUGUGUGUCUGCCAGCUGCCGCAUCGUCCAUGAGUACAUCGGGGGCUACAUUUUCCUGUCCACUCGAGAGCGGGCUCGUGGGGAGGAGCUCGACGAGGAUCUGUUCCUGCAGCUUACAGGCGGCCACGAGGCCUUCUGAGGGCAGCCAGGCUGCCCUUGCUCCACUCACCACCUCCAGGGAGCCUGGCCAGCCCACGCCUACCUGAACUCACAGCUCCACCACACCCAGCAUGCACCGGGCUGGACACUCUCACCUGCUGUCACAGGCAGGCCAGGGCCCUGGCCGGGGUAGACACUGCACCACCCAGCCUAGGGAUGGAAGGCCCCGAGCCACACACAGCCCCUCCUCUUGCCCUCUUGGCAGCUCACAUCCCUGGCCUAUAUGUAGUCCCCGAGCACAUAAGGAUGACAGAUAUGGAUAAGGAACAGAGAAUCCUGCUUUCAAACUGGACUUUCUUCCCGUGACAGUUUUCAGAGUUGUUGGGUUUUUGUUUUUUUAAUAAUAAAUACAUAUUUUAUUGUUG